UCAACCUCCUACACCUGCCAUGGGGCGCCUGGGGCUUCUCCUCUUCCUAUUGGGAGCCCUGGGGGCUCAGGCUGAGAUCUGUGAGAUACCAAGGUUGGACAGCCAGCUAGUGGAGAUGCUGGGCCGGCACCUCCUACCGUGGAUGGACCGGCUCUCCCCGGAGGACCUGAACCCCAGCAUCUACAUAGGCUUACGUCUUUCCAGUCUGCAGGCUGGGUCCAAGGAAGACUUCUACCUGCACAACCUCAAGCUCAAGUACCAGCAGUGCUUCUCAGGAUCUGCUUCCAGCGACACUGCCAGUAACUGCCAGACCCAGGUGUCCAUGGGCCAACUGGCCCUCUACCUGCUUGCCCUCAGAGCCAACUGCAGGUUGGCAGAGGGCCACAAGGAGGACAGGCUGGUGUCGCAGCUCAAGCGGUUCCUGGAGGAAGAGAGGAAAGCCAUAGGACACGACCACAAGGGCCACCCCUACACCAGCUACUACCAGUAUGGCCUCAGCAUCCUGGCACUGUGCCUCCACCAGAAACGGGUCCCUGACUAUGUGGUGGGCAAGCUCCUAUAUGCCGUGGAACAUGACCAGCUCUUUCAGCAGGGCCACUUCUCUGUGGACACAAUAGCCAUGGCAGGCUUGGCCUUCACCUGCCUGGAACGCUUCAACUUCAACCCGGACCAGAGAACACGGAUUACCACAGCCAUUGGCACAGUGCGGGAGAAGAUCUUGAGGGCCCAGACCCCUGAGGGUCAUUUUGGGAAUGUCUACAGCACCCCACUGGCACUGCAGCUACUGAUGGCCUCUCCUGCACCUGGGGUACAUCUGGGCACAGCAUGCACCAAGGCCCGGGCUGCUCUGUUGGCCAGCCUGCAGGACGGAGCCUUCCAGAAUGCUCUCGUGAUCUCCCAGCUGUUGCCAGUCCUGAACCAUAAGACCUACCUGGAUCUCAUCUUCCCAGACUGCCAGGCACAAAGAGCCAUGUUGGUUCCAGCCAGCGAGGCCCCUUCCCUGAGCGAGCUCCCAGAGAUUAUCACCGUCACUCUGAAGGUCUCCAGCGUCACACCACCAUAUGAGCGAUCCCUCUUUGCCAUCUCGGGGUUUUCCUUGGAAGAGAUCCUGAAGUGGGCCCAUGAAUUCGGAGGAUUCACGUAUGAAACUCAGACCACUCUGUCCGGCCCCUACCUGACCUCCGUGAUGGGGAAGGUGGCUGGACCCCGGGAGUUCUGGCAGCUGCUCCGAGCCCCAAACACUCCCCUGCUGCAAGGCAUCGCAGACUACAGACCCAAGGAUGGGGAGACCAUCGAGCUGAGGCUGGUGAGCUGGUAGGCCCAAGGCUGCCUCCCUGCAGCCACCUUGCUUGCUCCUGGGGCUCUGUGUCUGCCAGCCCAAGGUUCCUCCGCACAGGACCUGAUCU